GUCGCGCACACGCGCCGCUUACGUGUCUUUAGGGGAGUAACACGCGCUAUCGCGCUUUAGUGACCUCGCAUUGCGCGCCAGCAGCAGCUGCUGCGAGCAACGUCAUAAGGUGUCUCAUUUGACGUCAAGUCGAAGAUGCCAGGUUUUAGACAUUAGGUGUUUAGACGUCAGGUCGUAAUUACCCUCCUGACCCAGGUCAUCGCCACGUGGUCAUCGCCACGUGGUUGAUGCGUGAGUGUCGUUUGGUGUGGUCUGGUCGCUUCGCCAUCUCUUUGCCAUCUCUUCGCUACCUUCUCGCCAUCUCUUCGCUAGCUUUCGCCAACUCUUCGCUCACUCGAGGCGAAAAGCCCCUGGUCGAGGGUUCGUCGGCUCAAGAACAGGCCUCUGGUCUAGGGGUUUAAAGCCAUGGCGGACGAGGAGGCGAAUCGACAGGCGCAGAUGGAGGAGAUGGAGGCGCUCGAGGCGAUCUACGGCUCAGAUUGCUUCUCGUACUCGAGCGCCGAGCACUGCUGCAGAGUAUCCAUCCAACACCCUGAUUCAGUCACAUGUAUGGACAGUCACACCCGCUCCUCCCCCCCCCUCACUCUCCUCGUGCAUCUCCCCGCCUCCUACCCCUCCCACUCCGGCCCCGUUGCUGAACUGGCACGCUGUGAUUGGCUGCCGGACGACGCCAGGAGCAAGCUGUGCUGCCAGCUGGAGGGAAUGGCGGGGAGAGGAGGGGGAGGGGGAGGGGGAGACGGAAAGGGAGAAGCAGAUGGGGAGGGGCAUGUGUUUGGAGAAGUGGUGGUAUUUGAAUGGGUGGAAUGGAUUAAGGAGCAAGGGUGGGUGUGGCAGCACGCCCCGCUGCCUGCAGACCAGCAGGAGGGGGGCAAUCAAGGGAGCAGCGAUGGAGGCACGGAGGACACAACGAGGGAGGCAGCAGGGGCAGAAGUAGUGAAGAAUGAAAGGAGCAGAGGGAGAGGGGAGGAGGCAGGGGUGGAUGGGGAGGUGGAAGCAGAGCAGUUGGAAAAGGCACUUGGUAUUGUGCAUGGCGUGCCGUUCACUGAGAAGAGAAGUACCUUCCAGGCGCACUUGGCUCCUGUGAAAUCGCCUGCUGACGUGGCAGCAGUGAUGGAUGUGCUUCUGGCCAAUCGCAAGAUAGCAGGCGCCACGCACAACAUCAUGGCCUACAGGAUCGUGACACCUGGCGCAGGCGGCAGCACUGUCAUUCAAGAUAACGACGAUGACGGGGAGACAGCAGCAGGAGGAAGGGUGAUGCAUCUGCUGCAGAUAGUGGGUGCAGAAAACGUGGUGGUGGUGGUUUCGAGGUGGUUUGGAGGAGUGCUGCUGGGUCCUGAUCGGUUUAGACACAUAAACAAUGCAGCGAGGUCACUGCUGGUGGAGUGUGGAUAUGUGGAGCAGCAGCAGAAAGAGCAGCAGCAGCAGAAGCAGCAGCAGAGAGGGAAGACAGCCAAAGGGAGAAGGUGAUUUCAUGGCGAUUAUUGGUGGAUUGUGGGUAAGUGGAGGAGCAGCAGCAGCAGAAGCAGCAACAGAGGCAGCAGGAGAGAAGGUUAAGGCAACCAAAGGGAGGAGUUGAUAAAGGCACAAAGACAGUGCAGCAAGGUCCCUGCUGCUGUAGUGUGGAUGUGUGGAGCAGCAGCAGAACCAGCAGCACAAGCAACAGAAAAUGCAGCAGCAGCAGCCGUAGAAGCAGCAGCAGAAGCAGAGAGGGGAAGUGACCAAAGCAAGAAGGUGAUGUCAUAAUCACAUUCUUAAGCCAGAAGCCAAUUUGGACUCAUAAUCAAUGCAGCAAGGUCACUGCUAAUGGAGGGUGUGUCAAGAGACACGCUGGGGUUGCCCUUGAUCAUCAGGGAAGGGCUACAGGCCAUCUCUCUGCCUAGGGAGUUAUGGGCGCACAUACCCGCUACUUAACAAGCCCUUUUAGCUCAGUGGUUAGUGACUGAGUUCUGACAGGGUGGAGUGGAGUGGAGAUGUGGAGCAGUGCAAGCAAGAACAGCAAGAACAGCAAGAACAGCGGCAGCAGCAGAAGCAGAAGCAGAAGCAGCACCAGCACCAGCAGCUGAAGCAACACCGGAACAAGCACCAGCAACAGCAACAUCGCAAGCAGCGGCCGCAGAACGGGACAAUAGCAUGCGUUUCCAGAGUAGUUUACUGAUGCAUGCCAAAACUACGGUACCGGUAAUACCACCUACUGCUGAACAUUAGCUUGUGAACAGGGCCUACUUUUGGGUUUUUACUACUCUGAUAUUGGGGAGUGGCAUUUUGUUUUACUCUGGAAUUCAGAGUGGUCCCCAACAGUUUCUCUGAUUUGCCAGGGUUUUUUAAUGUUACGAAGCUUUUACUCGGCCAGUGCAGUGGGAAAUUUCACGAAACUCUGUGCUGCCGUAGCGACGUUGAGAAAUACAUGGUUACGGGUGUC